AUGGAAAAGCACGGAAAGCUGACGCCCACCAGCCUGCCAGGCGUAGAAUCAGCAGUCACUCGCACAGACAGGCAGGCACAGAGACGCAUCAUAGACGGCGAAGACGCCAAAAGAGCGCGACCGCUACAACGUGCACCAGCACACACGCACCACGCAAUGGACGCGGUGCCAGGUGAUCAUGGCAUCAAGCGGCCCCGUGAAGCGAUUACACCGCGCCACACGUCGCCCUUUGUGUCCGCGAACGACGUGACCGCGUCCCUUCAGGAGCAGGCGCAGCGCUUCAUCUCGCAGCUCGAAAUGGGCGAAGUUCUCGAGCACGACCGCGACACGACCGAGGCGGUCAUGACAGGCACAGAUGAGUCCGCGCAGUGGGCGUACGGCAGUGAGUACUACCUGCGCCACGAUGGCGAAGAUGACAAGGAGCACCCAUCGCGCUCUCACACUGUGGGCAGCACCGCCGCCGCUGCGGCUGCACAAGAGAGCGCCAGCGACGCUCAAGCGGACAAGGCCCGCAAGGUCGUCGUCAGCCUAACCGUGGCGCCUCCGUCCUUCUUUACGUCUGGGAACGAUUUCGAAACGAGCGUGCUCUCGCGCAGGUCGGCAGCAGCUGCACAUAAGGAUGACAAUGACGACGGCGGAGACCUCGACAGACGCGACGGAUUCGCCACCUCUCGCUUCCUGCACGAGGCUUUGCGGACGUCUGAUGUCGACAUCAUCGUACCGGUUGUCAGCCACUCGUGCAGCCUCGCCGUGAGCGCCUCGAAGGGUAGCCAGACCCUCGCGGAACUCAAGCGGCUGAUGGAUCGCGAACGCACGAACCGAGACGUCAUGGACACGUCCAAGUCGAGUCUGACACAACUCUUGCAAAAAGAUACGUACGGGCGUGUGGUGAAUGGCGAAGAGAAGGAAGUGGAGGGGGUGGGGGGUGGUUCUGCCCCCGGCCACGCGCACAGCGGCCGCGUCUCCUCCUUCGCCGACGACCGCUGCAAUGAUGAUGGCGAGGAAGAAGAGGCCAAGUACCUCAAGCGUCAGCUGUGCUUGGAGAAGGAGCGGCUCGCUGAGAUGACACAGCUUCGUGGCACGUUGGAUGCCUCCAGCACUGCCUCACCCCCUGCGGCUGGAGGGGCAAACUCGCAAUGGGGCAGCAACCAGGAGAGCCGCCGGCAGCGCAAGGAUGAGCAGCUCGCCCGCAUUGAGGGGCGCAAGGCGCAGAUGGAGACACUCGCUGAUGACGCGGAUGAGGUGGAGCGCCGAGAUGCCAUGCGCCGCCAGCGCGAGUCGCUGCCCAUCCACCACUGCAAAGAUGAGCUCCUACGCUAUGUUGGCGAGAGUGCCGUCACCGUGGUUGUGGGCGAGACCGGCAGCGGCAAAACGACCCAGCUCGUCCAGUACCUGUAUCAGCGCGGCUACGCGCGGCACGGCAAGAUAAUCGGGUGCACACAACCGCGGCGGCUCGCCGCCAUCGGGGUGGCUCGUCGUGUCAGCGACGAGAUGGGCUGCGCGCUCGGCACCACGGUCGGCUAUUCGAUCCACCUCGACGACACGACCACGGCCGACACGCGCGUGAAAUUUAUGACGGACGGCGUGCUGCUCCGCGAGACCGUCAACGACCCGUCACUGGACAAGUACAGCGUCGUGAUGCUGGACGAGGCCCAUGAGAGGUCAGUGGACACGGACGUGCUGAUGGGCGUGCUGAAGCUCGCCCUACGCCGCCGUGGCGACCUGAAGCUUAUCGUCACCUCUGCCACGAUGGACGUCCGCAAAUUCUCUGCCUUCUUUGGCAACGCGCCGUGCUACGAGAUUCCGGGGCAGACUUUCCCGGUGAAGAUCCACUACAGUGCGACGCCGGUGGCCGACUACGUCGCCGAGGCUGUGUUUCGUGUGUGCCAGCUGCACCUGCAGAUGCCGCUGGAGGCUAAGCACGACAUCCUUGUCUUCAUGACAGGGCGGGAGGACGUCUAUGGCACUUGCGAGUUGAUCCGUCGUCGGCUAACGGAGCUCAGUCCACAGCAUCUCAGCACACUCCUCAUCAUAUCGUGUCUCUCGGAGGCGGCCCCGGCGAGGUCCACAGAGAUUGGGGUGCUUGAAGCCACGCCAGCGGGCCUGCGCAAGGUGGUGGUUGCCACCAACGUCGCCGAGACGUCGCUGACGAUCGAUGGUGUGCGCUACGUCGUGGACUGUGGCUUCAUGAAGACGAACGUGUAUCGGCCGUCGAUUGGCAUGAACACGCUGCAGCGGUACCCCACCUCGCAGGCGCAGGCGAACCAGCGCAAAGGCCGUGCCGGUCGCACCACUGAAGGGACGUGCUACCGCCUCUACACAGAAGUGCAGUACGCUGAGGAGAUGCUGCCGAACAGCGUGCCAGAGAUUCAGCGCAGCAGCGUGGACAGCGUGGUGCUGCUGCUAAAGAGCAUCGGCGUUCACCGUCUUCGCGACUUCGAAUUCAUGGACGCUCCGCCGGCAGCCAACGUGCGGAGCAGCAUGUUUCACCUGUGGGUGCUCGGCUUCCUUGAUGACGCCGGCGCCAUCACGGCGCCGGGGCAGCAGGCGCUGGAGUUCCCGAUGUCGCCUGUGCUGGCAAAGCUCCUCUUGGAGAGCGCCACGAUGGGGUGCGCGCUCGAGAUGGCCCGCAUCGUCGCCAUGAUCUCUGCCGACCCAAAGAACCUCUUCGAGCUCCCAAAGGGCCGCGAGAAGGUGGCGCAGCAGCACCAUAGUCGCUUUUACGCAAACGACUCGGACCACCUGACGCUGCUGCACGUCUUUACGCAGUACCUGGACCAUGGCCGGUCGCGGCAGUGGGCGCAGGACCACUUCCUGCACGCCCCCACUCUCGCCAGGGCCCAUGACGUGUUUGCGCAGCUGAUUGAGAAGCUGCGCAAGCUGCAUCUGCCCAUCCAAUCGUGCGGCCACGCGGAAACGGACAAGGUGCGCCACUGCCUCGCCAAGGCCUUUGUCCUGCAGGCAGCGCGACGAUCAGAUCGGCGGUGGACGGAAUAUCGGCCGCUGCUGAACGCUGGCGUGGCGUGCGCGGUGCACCCGGCCUCCGCGGUUCACGCGCGGAGCGAGAUGCCGCCCUACAUUAUCUACAAUGAUCUGCUGCUCACACACAAAGAGUACUUGGUGAUGGUGACGGCGGUGGAGCCAGAGUGGCUGGUGGAGAGCUCACGGGGCAUCUAUGAAAUGCGUCAUGGGAUGACGUCGUCAUCGACAACGACGGCGCCCUCGUCGUUUGCGGUAGCGGCGGCAACGACUCCGACUCCCUCCACAGCCUCCCGAGCAUCUCAUGCAUCGAUGUCUUCGUCGCCGACAGCGCCCAGUGCCAGCGGGAGCAGCACGACAGUCUGUGCGGAGGCCAAGGCUCCGACGAAGAAGCCCGCGUUCGGUAUGCUGUCCUCCAAGCGCCGGCCAAACAUCUAA